CUGUAUUGAUUUGAUGCUAGAGGAUAUUGGGAAGCUUCCUCAACACAAGAAUGCAUUGGUGAAAGCAAAGAAGGUGACUCAUUACAUAUAUAAUCACGGAUGGUCAUUGGCAUUGAUGCGAGAGUUUACAAAACGAGAUCUUGUUCGUCCUACGGCUACAAGUAAAGAUUAAAUUAGUCAAUUCACUCUCGAAAGUAAAAUGUGCCUUUGAAGUUGGAACCCUACUUUCCUCGUGUAGUCGUCAUCUUCUUGUCGGGCGACUCCGGCUCCGGGUACCCUAAUCCGUCUCCUCCAUCGCCGUGUGCUGGCCAAAAUUUCAACAGGAAAUUAGGAUUGCAGUCAUGUCUGGCCGAAGCCGUCUGCCACCACGCCAACCUGAUAAUUUUAGAGGAUACCGUGAUGGUCCAACACCACUACAGCCUGUUAUGCAAAGAGGACUGCGCCCCCUCCCUCCUCAUCCUGCUGCCCUCGAAGAGGAACUUGAAAUUCAGCGCAGAGAUAUGGAGAGAAUUCUUGCCGAGAAUAGAUACAUACUUGAUGAGAAUGUGAUGCUUGAAAGGGAAUUAACUGCCACGAAAGAUAAGAUUAUAAGAUUUAGCCAGUCCAUUUCAAAACUGCAUGCUGACAAUGAGGCUGAGGCAAGGGAGUAUAUUGACAGAGAAUUGAAGCUAGAAACAGAGCUUCACUCUUCUGAACCUCUGCGGGCAGAAGUUGGGUCUCUCAGAAAUGAACUCCAAAAAUUAACUGCUUUGCAAAAUGAGUUAUCUACCCAAGUUCAAAGUUUAACAAAGGAUCUUAAUAAACUGCACUCUGAGAAUAAGAAACUUUCUGCCAUGAAGGCUGAGGUUGAUGAGAUGCACAGAGAGCUUGAUGUAGCAAGGAGAGAACUUGAGCAUGAGAAGAAAGAAAACAAGGAGCUCAUGGAGCAAAACAAAGCAAUGCAGAAUGAUUUUUUCUCCAUGGUUCGGGAACUUGAAACAUUACGAACCGAGCAGAUGGCUGCUGAGAGGAAAGCCCGGGGAAUCGGUGUUGGACCAUAUGGAAUGUUGAGCGGGAGUCUUGAUGUGGGUUAUCCGGGUAGUUUGUAUAGUGAUCCAUAUAAUUCUGGAGCUUGGGGACCCAAUGGCCGGAGAGGUCCUCCAAGACAUUAAUUUAUGUAGAAAGCUAUGGCGAAAGAAAUUGAAUACUUUUGACUUUGGUUAUGUAGUUCCUAUGUUCUUGACAAUUUGCUAUUUGUAUCUCACUGCUCUUGGUUAACUUUAAACGGUUAUUGCCUUUCUAAUGUACUAUUAUUCGUUACUAUUAACAUUGUUUCUACCACAGGAGAACUGCGUAAU